GCCAUAAAACACAUCUAGUAUAAAGACCACGUUGACAGGGUCGGCUUUUUAUAAGCACGUACCCUUUCUGAAUUGACCCUAAUAAUAAGCCCGACAAUUGUAAGCAGCCAGCAGUUUGGGGUUAGUGUUCAGUGGGGAGAACGUCCAGGAAUUCAUACGCCAGCUGUAUGACUCUGAUGACGUAAUAAUCAUUUCCUACCAACAUGGGAAAGUACGUCGUCACAAAACAGUCAGCGAUCCUGCUACUCCUGGCAUUUUUGCUUGCGGCAGCAUUGGUUGGACUUUUGUGUGGUCUUCUACCAAAGUGCGAAAUAGAGUAUGUUCCGCCAGAUCCUGUCACACCAGAUUUUACCAAGCAGCCGUGGGAGUCGACACGGCUACCCGAGACCCUGCGACCCAUCUCCUAUGAUCUCAAAGUCAGAACCGAUCUGACUAACUCCAUCUUCACCGGUUCCGUCAGUGUCUUGGUAGAAUGCUUGCAAGACACUAACGUCAUACUGAUUCACAGUAAGGAACUAGUCAUCAGCGAAGGGAAGACAACCUUGACACGACAAGGUAGCGGGACCAAGGCUCCUGAGUUGGCUAAAGAUCCGUGGCUGUAUACAGAUAAUCAGUUUGCUGUGAUCGAACUGAGUGGCGUGCUUGAUAAAGGAGCGCAAUAUCGGCUGUAUAUGGAGUUCCAAGGACCGUUGAAGAAUGACUUACUGGGCUACUACAAGAUGUCCUACAAGACUGCCUCCGGAGAGGAAAAGUUUUUAGCGAGUACAUUUUUUGAUCCGGUCGAUGCCCGUAAGGCUUUCCCGUGUUUUGACGAACCUGCCUUAAAAGCGACCUUCACUAUCACAUUGGAGCACCAAUCCCAGUAUAAAGCCUUAGCCAACAUGCCCAAGAGUCGUCCAGAUGAACAACUGGAAGAUGGAUGGAUUAGAGCAACUUUCGAAGAGAGCGUUGUCAUGCCAACGUAUCUCGUCUGCUACGUCGUUAGUGAGUUCAAGGCAAAGUAUAAUACCACGGCUAAUGGCGUAGAGUUUGCCGUGUGGGCUCAGGAAGAUUUCUACGAUCAAGUUGACUAUGCGCUGGAUCGGGGAGUGGCGAUAUUGGAUUACUUUGAUGGAUUGUACGGAGACGAGAAUAAAUAUCCUCUUCCUAAAAUGGACAUGAUCGCUUUGCCAGACUUCACAGCUGGUGCUAUGGAGAACUGGGGACUGAUAACGUAUCGUGAGAGCGCCCUCUUGUACAAGGAAGGAGUGUCAUCAGAAAGUCAAAAACAACGAGUUUGCACCAUCAUUGCUCAUGAGUUGGCUCAUCAGUGGUUUGGAAACUUGGUGACAAUGAAAUGGUGGGACUACCUGUGGUUGAAUGAAGGUUUUGCCAGCUAUGUUGAGUAUGUUGGAACUGAUGAAGUGGAGCCUGAAUGGGGAAUGUGGGACAAGUUUAUUUUGUAUGACCUUCAUCGUGCCAUGGCAACAGAUGCACUGGUUACUUCCAGACCGAUGGUCACUGAAGUCUUGACACCUUCAGAGAUAAACAUUAUGUUUGACAGGAUUUCAUACCAAAAGGGUGCCUCCAUUCUACGUAUGAUGCAACAUUUCUUAGGAGAGUCAACUUUCAUAAAGGGCCUCCAGUAUUACCUGACAGCUUUGCAGUACGGCAACGCAGAAAACAGUGAUUUGUGGUUCCAUCUUGAAAAGGCAGUCCAAGAAGACAGUGUAGAACUUGGUGAGGGACUUGAUGUAGCAACCAUUAUGGCAACCUGGACACUUCAGAUGGGCUUUCCAUUCAUCAAAGUAGAGAGAAGCUACAACGGUGCUCGUGCAGUCACAGCUACAGUGAAGCAGAAACGCUUCCUGUCUGAUCCUAACUCAAACACGUCUACAAACUACCCAGAUUUGGGUUACAAGUGGUACGUGCCGCUGACUUACACAAGUGCAAGCAGUGCUGAUUUUGAUUCACCAAGAAGCAUGUGGCUCAAACCACAAGAUGAGGAUGGUACCUUACAGAUUCCAGGGGGCAGUGAUGAUGAAUGGGUGCUAGUAAACAUCAACCAGCGAGGAAUGUAUCGUGUCAACUAUGAUGAUAAGAAUUGGGAGCUACUCAAAGCACAGUUAGAGAUCCAACACACGGCAAUUCCAACAGCCAGUCGAGCUGCUCUCAUCAGUGAUGUCUUCAGUCUGGCAACAGCAGGAGAGAUCAACCACCGUACUGCUCUGGAUAUGACCAGCUACUUGAAGGAGGAAAGAGACUAUGUCCCUUGGUAUGCUGUGGACAGUGCCUUUGGGAAUAUUGAGCGCAAUAUCCAGAGGAAAGGAGCAUUUGGAAACUUCCAGAAAUAUAUGAAGGAACAAAUAACUCCAAUGUAUGAAUAUAUUGGAUGGGAUGACGAAGGAGACCAUCUGAAAAGGUUGAGCCGUGGACGUGCCAUAAGUAUGGCUUGUCGCUAUGGCAAUGAGGAUUGUGUGCAAACAUCAAUAAAUCUGUAUGCUGAGUGGAUGGAAAACAUCCAUGUUACCCUUACCCCGAAUGUUCACCCAGACAUGCAAGCUACAGCGUUCUGUACGGCCAUCGCAGAGGGUGGGCAAGAUGAGUGGUACUUUGCCUUUGAUCUCUACCAGAACCUCAAUACAAGCACUUCAGUCAAAUCAGCAUUGUUGACAGCCAUGGCAUGCAGCAAGAAGCCGUGGAUUCUCAGCACGUAUUUGAAGAGCAGCUUGGACAGUAAGAUCAUUAGAUCUCAAGACAGAGAGGAUGUAGUUACAGCUGUCGCUGGGAAUCCUGUGGGCUUACCUUUAGCUUGGGACUUCUUCCGAGCAAACUGGGACUUCUUUAGACAAGAAUAUGGUGACACUGUUUUCCUGCUAGACUCCCUCAUCAGUGGUAUAACAUCCAAUUUCAACACUAAAUUUGAGCUGCAAGUGUUGAAGGAUUUUAUGGAGGCUAACCCAGACCAAGGUACUGGAGCAAGAGCAUUUACUGAAGCUGUUGCUGUCAUUGAGGGGAAUAUCCGAUGGAUGGAUCAAUUCUAUGAUGAGGUUGAUGUAUGGUUGAAAGAAACAGUGGAGUCACCGAAAGUGUGGGAAGAGAUACGCCUUCCAAUGUCUAUAAUUCCAGAGCAUUAUGACCUAACAAUCAGGACCGACCUGAAUGAGUAUAUCUUCAACGGAACCGUGGACAUCCUCUUUGAAUGCAUGGAGAAGACUAGCGUUAUUGUGCUUCACAGCAAGAACUUAAAAUUUACCGAUGGAGCGACAAAUGUAACACGAAUUAGUGGUGGCCCCACACCAACUAGAACCAAGGAACCAUGGAUUUAUACACCCAACGAGUUUAUCGUCGUGGAGCUGAACUCAUAUUUAAUGGUUGGGGAAAAGUACAUUCUACACUUGGAAUUUAUGGGACCUCUUGAAAAUGACCUGCUUGGUUACUACCGGAUGGUCUAUACCACCGAAGCAGGAGAAGAAGGGAAGCUUGCAAGCACCUUCUUUGAUCCAGUGGAUGCCCGUAAGGCUUUCCCAUGCUUUGAUGAGCCUGAUCUUAAAGCUACAUUCACCAUCACUUUGGAGCAUCAACCUGAAUACCAUGCCUUAGCCAACAUGCCCAAGAGUCGCCCAGAUGAGGACAUUGAAGGUGGUUGGAGAAGAGCGACCUUUGAGAAGAGUGUUGUCAUGUCAACAUAUCUUGUCUGCUAUGUUGUCAGCGAUUUUGUGUCUGUUAAUAUGACCACAGCACACAAUGUUACAUUUAGUGUCUGGACUCAGAAAGAUUUCAUCGAUCAAGCGGACUAUGCUCUCAGAGUUGGCGCCAAUGUUUUGGAUGACUUUGACAAACUUUAUGGAUUGGAUAUUAAAUAUCCAUUACCCAAAAUGGACAUGAUUGCUUUGCCAGACUUCACAGCUGGUGCUAUGGAGAACUGGGGACUGAUAACGUAUCGUGAGAGCGCCCUCUUGUACAAGGAAGGAGUGUCAUCAGAAAGUCAAAAGCAACGAGUUUGCACCAUCAUUGCUCAUGAGUUGGCUCAUCAGUGGUUUGGAAAUCUAGUCACACUGAAAUGGUGGGACUAUCUCUGGUUGAAUGAGGGAUUUGCCAGCUACGUUGAGUAUGUUGGAACUGAGGCAGAAGAGCCAGAAUUUCAAAUUUGGGACAAGUUUGUGGUGUAUGAUCUACAGCGUUCCAUGCAGUCUGAUGCACUUGUGACAUCAAGACCAGUUGUCAUUCCAGUUUCAACACCUUCAGAAAUCAACAUCAUGUUUGACAGGAUCUCUUAUAACAAGGGUGCAUCACUUCUUCGUAUGAUGAGAUACUUUCUGGGUGAAGAAACAUUAACAAAUGGACUUAAGUACUACCUUCGGGCCAGACAGUAUGAUACUGCAGACAACAGUGAUCUAUGGACCUACUUGCAGCAGGCAGCAACAGAGGACAAUGUCCCCACUGCUGGUCUUACUGUCGGAACCAUCAUGAAUACUUGGACAAGACAGAUGGGCUUCCCAACUGUCACUGUAGCAAGAGCGUACGGUGAAAAUACAAACAAGAUUGUUGCUACAGCAACGCAGAAGAGGUUCCUGACAGAUCCUGCAUCUGAUACUGGCUCUUCCAACUAUGGAGACUUGGGGUACAAAUGGCAUGUACCACUGACGUACACCACAGGAAUGGAUCCAGAUUUUGAUGAACCACGCAGCAAGUGGAUGUUGACAAAUGAAAACGCUGAAAUUGAAGAGGCUGGUGGUGAUUUUGACUGGUUGCUGGUCAAUGUGAAUGAGAGAGGAUUCUAUCGCGUCAACUAUGAUGCAAAUAACUGGAAACUCCUGUCACGACAACUCAUCAAUAAUCACACGAUGAUAUCAACCACGAGUCGUUCAGCUCUUAUCAGUGAUGCUUUCAGCUUAGCCCGAGCAGGUGAUUUGAGUCAGGCUAAGGCUCUGGAUCUGACAACUUACUUGAAAGAUGAGAGAGAUUAUGUUCCCUGGUAUACUGUGGAUAGCGUCCUUGGAUACAUCAAUGAUAACUUGGCUCUGACACCAGCUAAUGCAUCAUUUGAGAGUUACAUGAGGAAACAGAUUCAGCCCAUGUAUGAAGACAUUGGAUGGAACAACACUGGGAACCACCUCCAAAAAUUGAGUCGUGCACGGAUCAUUAGCAUGGCUUGCAGUUAUGGAAUUGAAGAUUGUAGAAUGGAAGCCUCUGAGCGGUAUGCAGCCUGGAUGUCAGAUAUGACCACCAACAAGAUUGAGGCUGAUGUACAGUACACUGUGUUCUGUACUGGCAUCGCUGAGGGUACCCUAGCAGAAUGGCAGUUUGCCUUUGACCUUUACACUGAUAGUGGUACAGAUACUUCACUCAAGUCCAAUCUACAAUCUGCCUUGGCUUGCAGUAAAGACUACAGCAUUCUCAACAGAUACCUGAAUGCAGUACUCAACACUAGUUUGAUCCGUGAACAAGAUGGUAAAGACGUAGUUGUGGCUGUUGCAUCUAACCCUGCUGGCACCGAUCUAGCUUGGGAUUUCUUCAGAGAAAACUGGAAUUUCUUCAGGAAGGCGUAUGGCAGUACAGUUUUCUUAUUUGAUAGUCUCAUUAUCGGAGUCACAACACGCUUCAAUACGCCUGACAGACUUCUAGAGGUUGAGAAGUUCAUGGCUGACCAUCCAGAUCAAGGAACAGGGAAACAGGCAUUCACACAGUCCGUCGCUGAAAUCAAUGCCAAUAUCAGAUGGAUGGCACAAAACUACGAUGAAGUGGAGGAAUGGCUUGAUAAUGCCAGCAAGGAACCAUGGGAGAGGAUUCGUUUAUCAGACGCCGUCUUGCCCAUCACAUACGACCUCAAGGUCCGAACAGACCUGACCAACUUUGUCUUCAAUGGCUCUGUGGAUAUCUUGAUUGAGUGCUUUGAAAAGACUGACAUAAUUCUCGUACAUAGUCGGAACUUAACUAUCCCUGUUGAUGCAAUUACCUUAACACCUGUGAAUGGUGGACAAGCCCCAGGAUUGCAAGUGACUCCUUGGCUGUAUCCGGAAAACGAGUUCAUUGUCAUACAGUUGGAUGCAUUACUUGAAGUAGGGGCCCAGCUACGUCUUCAUAUUGAUUUCAAUAACGUCUUGCGUAAUGACCGGCAGGGCUACUACUGGAGUAGCUAUACCCCGAAAUCUGGCGAAAAGGAAAGGUAUCUUGCAAGCACCUUCUUUGAUCCUGUGGAUGCCCGUAAAGCUUUCCCAUGUUUUGAUGAGCCUGAUUUCAAAGCUACCUUUAAUAUCACCCUGGAGCAUGAGCCUGAGUACCACGCCUUAGCCAACAUGCCCCUGAUUGGUCCACCUGUGCCAAUAGAUGGUGGUGAAUGGAUCAGAGCAAGUUUCCAAGAAAGUGUCGUCAUGUCUACUUAUCUUGUCUGCUAUGUCAUAAGUGAUUUCAAGAAUAAGACUAUGACUACUGGAAAUGGUGUGGAGUUUGGAGUUUGGGCCCAGGAAGAUUUUAUCAACCAAACUGACUAUGCUCUUCAGAAGGGAGUGGAAAUUCUAGACUACUUUGACAAUUUGUAUGGAUCAGACAUCAAGUACCCCUUACCUAAAUUGGAUAUGAUUGCUCUGCCAGACUUCACUGCUGGAGCCAUGGAGAAUUGGGGUCUGAUAACUUAUCGGGAAUCUCGUAUGUUGUAUGAGAAGGGAGUUUCAUCAGAGAGUCGUAAACAGAGUGUCUGUGCUGUCAUUGCUCAUGAGUUAGCUCAUCAAUGGUUCGGUAACCUAGUGACAACCAGAUGGUGGGAUUAUCUCUGGCUGAAUGAAGGCUUUGCAAGCUGGGUAGAAUACAUUGGGACUGAUGAAGUGGAGCAAGACUGGGCAAUGUGGGACAAGUUUGUGAUUUAUGACCUGAACCGAGCAAUGGGUGUUGAUGCUUUGACCUCGUCCAGACCUAUCGUCGCCAAAACAUUGACGCCAUCAGAAAUCAACGAAAUGUUUGACACCAUAACAUACCAGAAGGGUGCUUCAGUUUUGAGAAUGGCAAGUCACUUUGUCGGCAAUGACAUCUUCCUGAAAGGCCUUAAGUCUUAUCUGCGAGGCAAGCAGUACAGCGGUGCUGAGAACAGCGAUCUCUGGUACCAUGUCAACAAGGAAAUGAGGGAGGCUGGAGUUGACCUUGGUGAUGGGAUUACAGACAUAGCAACCAUCAUGGACACAUGGACCAAUCAGAUGGGCUUCCCUGUUGUCACGGUAACAAGGACAUACUCUGGGCAAGCCAAUAAGAUCACUGCUACAGCUACACAGAAGAGAUUCCUGGCAGACCCGACUUCAGACACGACGUCACCAUACCCAGACCUUGGAUACAAAUGGCAUGUGCCGUUGACUUACACAGCAGGAGGUAAUCCAGACUUCGCUAGUCCCGAGAGUCACUGGAUGAGACCUGAUCAAGAAACCACUGAAAUGGUCUUAGAUGGCGCCGGUGGUGAUAAUGACUGGUUUUUGGUCAACGUGGAUGAGAGAGGUUUUUACAGCGUCAACUAUGAUGCCAAAAACUUGGCUUUACUCAGCGCACAGCUGAUGACAAAACACACGGUGAUAUCUGUACCGAGUCGUUCAGCCCUUCUCUAUGAUGCCUUCAACUUGGCGAGGUCUGGGGAUCUUAGCCAGACCAAAGCUUUGGAUCUGACAUCUUACUUGGAUGAGGAAAGAGACUAUGUUCCUUGGUAUACUGUUGACCGCGUCAUGGGUUAUAUUGGGGAUAACUUGGCUCUUUCAGAUGCCAAUGAGAACUUCAUGGAGUACAUGAAGGAGAAAGUGACUCCAAUGUAUACUUAUACAGGAUGGGAUGAUGAAGGAGAUCAUCUGAAACGGUUGGGUCGUUCAAGGGCCAUCAGUUUGGCAUGCAGAUACCGCAACACAGAUUGUGUCGAGAAGUCUGAAGUGCUGUUUGAAGAUUGGAUGAACAAUCCUACUGACACUACUAUUCAACCUGAUCUCCAAUCCACGGUGUUUUGUACAGCCAUUGCCGUGGGUGGAUCGACUGAAUGGGAUGCUGCCUUUGCAGCUUAUAAUGAUUCUAACACAGUCUCCUCACUCAAAGAUGUCUUAGAGUCAGCCAUGGCAUGCAGUAAAGAUAGAGACACUCUACAAAAGUAUCUGGAAAAAGUUCUUGAUACCAAUCUGAUACGAGCUCAAGAUGGUCAAGCAGUGGUUUCAGCAGUAGCAGGCAACCCGGAAGGACGGACCUUGGCAUGGGACUUCUUUGUCCAGAAUUGGGCCUUCUUCAGAGAAACGUAUGGAAAUAGUGUGUUUUUGCUUGAAAACGUCGUGACGGCAGUGACUAAUGACUUCAACACCCAAGCUGAGCUUGAUAAGGUGAAACGAUUCAUGGCAGAGCACCCAGAUCAAGGCACAGGCUCCAGAGCAUUCACCCAAUCACUGGCCGUGAUCAGUGCCAAUAUCAGAUGGAUGGAUCAAAACUAUGAUGAGGUAGCUAAAUGGCUGCGACUGCAUGUGUAAUGUUGCCUUGAUCAAAUUGCCAUCAAGUUACUGAUUCAUCAACCUGUGUAUUAAGAGACCAGAAAAAAUACUUGAGCUCCUCCACUAUUAUCUUUUUUUCCCCAAAAAUUUCGACCUAUGUCAUAAUUGCUACUUUUUGUGUUACGAACUCUAUACAUGUACAUGCAUUCACAAAGCGUGUAUUUUGAUUACUUAGUACAUGUACAUUUUUUACAUGCUGGUGUAGUUAAAUGCAAAAAAUAUAAAAUGAUCACUUUUAGUUUAGUGUUAAGUUUAUUUUCAAGUAGAUAUUAGCACUGAUAAUGUGCGCUUAAUAAUUUGUAAAUUUAAAAAAGUCAAUGGCAGUAUAUUCUUUUCGAAAUUUAAAAUCAUUCUCUGGAAAUGGCAUAUAUAGUUGUGUGGCCUUAGUUUAUGAAUCAAGUGUUUUUAAAUCAGAGGACUUGAUAUAAAGUCGGAGGUUUACGUUGCUUAUAUAUUUCACCUACAGAAUUGCAUCAAAAACAAAAAUAAAAAUUCUUUCCGGAUUACAAUCCGAGUGUUGAUAUCAAAAACUUUGGUGAAUUACCUCUUCGACACCAUUUCUUCUUAAAAUUGACCAUUUUUAAAAUAUAGUAGGCAUGGCAUGAAUUUACGAUCCAAAUUCAACAAAUUUCAUGAAAGCACGGAUCCCUCAAACUGGACCUGUUUCAUGAAGAGUUUCCGAUGUUUUGUGGACAUUUUCAAAAUAUGGCAUUUUCUUAUACCAGACUUUUCCACACCAAAUUAAAUACAUUUUCAGUUCAGUUUGGACUUCUUUUCAGUCCUGUUGUGACUAAUGUUCAGUCCUGUUCGGCCUAAUUUUCAGUCAUGUUUGAACAAAUCAUUUAGUCAAGUUUGAGCUCUUCUCAGUCAUAUUUUGACUAUUUUUGUCAUAUUUCAAUAGUUUUCAGUCAUCUCUAAACUUUUUGACUUAUUUUCAAUAAAGAUUUCCACAGAUUUUCGGAA